AUGGCCAUCUUCAAGAGGAAUGCGCGCGCUACCGACGCCGGUGACGCCGUUCGCAACGGCUCCACCAACGAUGCCGACAGCGACGCAUCGUCCGCAAAGGGUCUGCGCAAGUUCGCUCAGCGCAAACCCGCCAACACCGCCUUCAAGCAGCAGCGCUUGAAAGCAUGGCAGCCCAUCCUCACGCCGCGCACCGUCCUCCCCACCUUCUUCCUCGUGGCGCUCAUCUUUGCGCCCAUCGGCGCCGUGCUCUACUACUUUGCAGAGCAGGUCAACGAGUUCACCCUCGACUACACACAGUGCUCCACCGCGCCCGCAACCCCGACCCAGGCGCAGAUCCCUUCGAGCAAGUACGACUACCAGCUGCACGACAAGAACACGAGCAACUUCCAGCCACCCACCUGGUCCUGGGACGCCGGCUCCAAGACGUGCAACCUCUACUUUAGCGUGCCCAGCCGUCUCGACUCGAGCGUCUUCCUCUACUACAAGCUCACCAACUACUACCAGAACCACCGUCGCUACGUCAAGUCCAUCGACUCGAACCAGCUCAAGGGCGACGCGGUCGCCUACGGCACCAUCAAGGGCGGCACCUGCAAGCCCGUCGACAUCGACCCCGCCACCAACAAGAUCUACUACCCGUGCGGCCUCAUCGCCAACUCGGUCUUCAACGACACCUUCAGCGACCCCGUGCUGCUCAACGUCGCCGGCUCCGACUCGGCCAACCAGACGUACGUCAUGAGCGAAAAGAACAUCGUCUGGCCCGGAGAGAAGGACAAGUACAAAAAGACAAAGUACGCCGCCGACCAGAUCGUCCCGCCGCCCUUCUGGCAGGGCGCCACGGGCGAGUUUGGCUUCCCCAACGGCUACUCGGACGGCCAGAUCUUUGACCCGAGCGAGAACGAGCAUUUCAUGGUGUGGAUGCGCGUCGCCGGUCUGCCCACCUUCCGCAAGCUGUACAAGCGCAACGACACGGCCGCCAUGGAGCCCGGCAGGUAUCUGCUGCAGGUCGUCGACAACUACCCCGUCAGCAUGUUUGACGGCACCAAGAGCGUUGUCUUUAGCACCUCGUCCUGGGUCGGCGGGCGCAAUCCGUUCCUCGGGCUCUCGUUCAUCGCCGUCGCUGCGCUCUCGGUGCUGCUCGGACUCAUCUUUACCGCGCGCCAUCUGAUCAAGCCCAGGAAGCUCGGCGACAUGAGCUACCUCUCCUGGAACCAGCCCGACUCCAAGUGA